AUGACUCCAGACUAUAGUAGUUUAUUAAAUAAACUGAAAAAAUUACCUGAAACUAAAGUUCAAUUGUAUAAAGUAUUGCAAACUUUAAAUUAUUUCAGAAUUAUGGUAAAGAAUUUUGCCAUGUCUACAGCUAAGUUAUAUAAGUUAACUGGUGCCAAGAAACCAAUGAAAAUAGUUUGGUCACAAGAGACAGUAAAAGAAUAUAAUGAUUUAAUAGCUAUUAUUUAUGGAAAGCCUAGAAUAUUUUUGAGAGAUCCUAAUAAGAAAAUAGCUAUGGAGGUAGAUGCUUCUCAAGAAGCAAUUGGUGCUGUGUUGUUACAAGAAAGUGGUGAUCCUGGAAGAAAGAGAUAA